CACAACUCUGUGCUACAGUUAGCUUUAGUUAUGUUUAGUCGCCUACCUGUUCCGCCUUUCUCGUUUUUUUAGGAACAUCAUUUGUUCAAUUGUUCACUGAAAUGUGGGAAUGUGCUCUGCAGAAGUGUCGGAACACGUGACAUCCCCCCCUUCAACAUGUUCAGCAAGAAAGAGAGGGAGAGUGGAAGAACGAAUUAAAAAACGGUUUGCGCGUGCACUAGCGGUUCUUUGAAGUUGAUUCAUGACGAGCAGAUAGCAUAUACCUUGCAGCUUAUCAACUUGGAUAUAAUGAACCCUUCGUGGAAUCGAUCUGCAGAAGAACGGAGGCAGAACUUUCAAGCAAUCGCCGAAACAGCCACACGGGACAACAACACAAAGGGUUCCGAAGAGCGUCGGAAAUCGCGCAAGAAGAAAAGGAAGCCGGAGCCAAGGCAAGAUGCGGACAAACAUGAAACGGAGAACGUCCGUCCAAACGAAGACGACGCCGACAGCGAUCUUGAAGACCUGAGCGGCCUGGAAGGCGCUGCUUUCCAAAGCAGGCUGCCUUUCGACAAGAUGACUGCACAGGAAGCAGCCUGCUUUCCAGACAUAGUCCAAGGAGCUCCACAAACUCAAAAAAUAUUCCUACAUAUUCGUAACCGGCUUUUGCAGCUGUGGCUAGAGAAUCCCAAGCAACAGUUGCUUUUCGAAAAUGCCUUGCCACACCUGGAAUCGCCCUAUAACAGCGAUGCUCCCUUAGUUCUAAGGAUUUAUUCCUACCUGCUGAGACAGGGACUCAUUAACUUUGGAGUAUAUGAGCGUCUCAAGGGGCCCCCACUUCAAAAACACGGAAAGGUCAUCGUCAUUGGUGCAGGUAUUUCGGGUCUCGUCGCUGCUCAACAGCUCCAACAGUUCGGCAUGGAAGUUUUGGUCUUGGAAGCGAGGGACAGAGUUGGAGGCCGAAUCGCGACUUUUCGGAAAGGCUCCUAUGUAGCCGAUCUAGGCGCCAUGGUUGUCACCGGGCUGGGUGGAAACCCAGUGACAAUUUUAAGCAAGCAGAUCAAGAUUGAACUGCACAAGAUUCGACAAAAGUGCCCACUGUAUGAAUCCAAUGGAAACACUGUGCCCAAAGAUAAAGACGAGAUGGUAGAAAGGGAAUUCAACCGCCUUUUGGAAGCAACCUCCUUUCUCUCUCACCAACUGGACUUCAACUACGUCCAGAGCAAACCAGUAUCCCUGGGACAGGCGCUUGAGUGGGUCAUUAAACUUCAAGAGAAGCAUGUCAAAGAAAAGCAGAUCCAACAUUGGAAAGCAAUCCUUGAACUGCAGGAGAAGCUGAAAGGAAAUCACAAUGAAAUGGUUCGAGUACACGAACAAAUCCAAGAACUCAACCGCACCCAUAAAGAGUCGAGCGAGAUUAAACAACGCGACGUGACGCAGGAGUUUGUACAUCGAAGCAGGCUUCAUGAACUGAACCUCAUCUGUCAGGAGUGGGACAAACUACUCGAGCAGCAAAAGGAACUUGAAGAUAAACUCCAGGAACUGGAGGCGUCUCCACCGAGUGACGUCUAUCUUUCGUCACGCGAUAGGCAAGUCCUCGACUGGCACUUUGCCAACCUCGAGUUUGCAAAUGCGACCCCUCUCAAUAAUCUCUCUCUCAAGCACUGGGACCAAGAUGAUGACUUUGAAUUCACUGGGAGCCAUUUGACCGUACGAAACGGCUACUCUUGCAUGCCCGUUGCACUUGCCGAAGGCCUUGACAUUCGCCUUAACACAGCAGUCAAGCAGGUGCACAUCACGAGCACAGGUGCUGAAGUGACUGUCAUGAAUACCCGUAACAGUUCAGGUCUCACCAGUUACAAGGCGGACGCAGUUCUCUGCACCUUGCCGUUGGGUGUUCUGAAGCAGUCGGUCAUUAACAGUCCGACGCUUCUCAACACCGUUCAGUUUGUGCCUCCGUUGCCGGAAUGGAAAGCUGCAGCGAUACAGCGUCUUGGCUUUGGAAACUUAAAUAAAGUUGUUCUGUGUUUUGACCGAGUCUUCUGGGACCCCAACGCCAACCUUUUUGGACACGUCGGAAGUACAACCGGAAGUCGUGGUGAACUAUUUCUAUUCUGGAAUCUCUACAAGGCACCUGUGCUCCUAGCUCUUGUUGCUGGUGAAGCGGCCACAAUUAUGGAGAAUGUCAGCGACGAUGUCAUUAUCGGUCGCUGCAUCGCAGUUCUCAAGGGGAUCUUUGGUAACCAAGCCGUUUCUCAACCGAGAGAAACAGUUGUGACACGAUGGCGUGCCGACCCUUGGUCCCGGGGUUCCUACUCCUUUGUGGCAACCGGUUCCUCCGGCAACGAUUACGACAUCUUGGCUGCACCGGUGACGCCCAGCCACGUCACUCCGUCACCCCCGAGGUUGUUUUUUGGUGGAGAGCAUACGAUCCGGAACUAUCCUGCGACUGUACACGGAGCCCUGCUGAGCGGUUUGAGGGAGGCUGGGAGAAUAGCUGACCAGUUCUUGGGCUGUCCGUACGCUCCCGUGUGAUUUCACACAUUAUAAGGAGGAUACUUGACAAUAAAUCUGUUACAUCCUUUGA